GUACUCCAAGCCUUAUAUAAAAGGUUUGCUAACUCUAGAGCACAUAUGCACAGUGUAGUUUGAUCCUUACAGUGUUCAGUUUUAGUGCAGUGAUCCUUUUCAAAAUGAAGGCCUAUAUCGCAGUUUUCUUCCUGGCAGCCUCAGUUCUGGCGGAUCCCGAACCGAGCAAAGUUGUCCAGAAGCGAAGUGGCCUGGUCGGUCAUUUUGGAGCUCCCCUGAUUGGUCAUGGAGUGGCUUUGGGUCAUGGAUACGCGGGACAUCUAGCAGGACCCAUCGCCGCGGGACAUUUAGGCGGGCCCAUCGCCGCUGGCUAUGCUGCAGGACCAUACCUAGGAGGACCCGUUGGGGCAGCCAUAGUUGGAGCUGAUGUCCACACGACUGUCACGAAGCAUGUUGGCGUACCUGUGCCUGCGCCCUACCCUGUUCCCGUGGAUAGACCUUACCCUGUUGCCGUUAAGGUGGCAGUCCCGGUGCCCGUAGACCGUCCCUACGCUGUGCCAGUCCCGAAGCCGUACCCAGUCACCGUUGAGAAGCACGUCGCCGUCCCCGUCGACCGUCCCGUGCCCGUGCCCGUGCCUCAUGCUGUACCUUACCCCGUCAUUAAGCAAGUCGGAGUUCCAGUCCCCCAGCCCUACCCAGUAGCCGUACCGAAACCAGUAGCCGUCCCAGUACCAGCCCCAGUCGCCGUCCCAGUAGUCAAGUCCUACGCCAGCGCCCCCCUCAUCCACGAUUUCCACGGCCACGGCUAUGGCCACGGCCACGCCUUCCACUCAAAACUUGGAUGGUAAACUGUCCAAUGACGUCACUUGCUUGUUGACAAAUUAAAAUUAUAAACAAUUUUUCUCUGUGUGUAGGAAACUUUAUAGAAAAUAUGAAGGGAGUUUACGCCAUAUUCUAAAACGAUUGUGAGCCGUAUAGCCCUGUGAUAAGGUGCUUUUUUAAGUAGUAUGGAUUUUAGUUUUUUUUUUUUAAUUUGUCAUCGAACGAGUGGUUGUUAAAGCGAUAUGUUUAUGUUAAGGCAUUUUCAUAUGGGAUUAUUGUUUGAGUCAGAACGUUAUUAUGUGAUGUAGAUAAGUGUAGUUUUAUGUGUGAGUGUUUGAUGCAAAGAGCUUAUAUCUGUUGUGUGGAACUUGGGAAAUAUUUGAUUAAAAGAAAGUGAUGGAAAUUGACAGACUAGGAAACGAGGUACACAAAUGGAUAUAAGUUCAGGUUUUGUAAGGAGUUAGGGAUAAAGUGCAAUCACAACGAAGCCUGACGCCAUUUUAUUGUUAACGUAUUCAGAGUAGGUUAUCCGUGAUACCGCCAUAUUGAAAAACGAACAACUAUUUAAAUUGUUUUACUUUUAACAACUUUUUGGCGACAGAUAACAAAAGUAUAACCUACUCUGAGUACGUGUGGGUAUUAUAUUUAAAUUAUAUACUUAAUUGCCAUAAAGACUAUGUAUAUUUUAAUAACGAGACGCCAUGACAGUUUUUAUGUAAAUAUUUAUGUAUGUAAAUAUGAAGUUUAGAAGUUAUAUAUGUAAGUUGUAUGUAAUAUUUUAUUGUCUGGUAUACAGGUUCAUGUUUUCACAUGAUCUCUAGCACGUGAUUGGUCGAGGCUUCGUAAGUACCUGGUAAAGCACUGUUGUAUAUAGAAAUCUAUUUUUUCUAUUUUCUAGCUUUAAUGAUGAAGAAUAAAAGUUUAUUUCGACCGCAGUCGACUAAAAACUAUUUAGCGUACGACCUUUUUGUAAUAAAAUGUAUAUCAAAUA